AUGGCGGACAUAGAUGAAUCAACUCCGUUCAUACCACCGGGUCUGGUGCACGAGGCACACCCGGAGUUGUUCGAUGUACGUGCCAUGCCACCACCCCCGGAGCAAGCCAAACCUGGUCAGCUUCCACAGCACGUCAUCCGAGAGUUCUUCGAGGAGGGAUUUGUCGUGGUACCAGAAUUUUUCCGCCCAGAGGAGCUUGAGCCGUGUCGACGGGCAGUUGAGAGACAAGUGGAGAAAUUGGCUCAGAAACUCUACAAGGCCGGCAAAAUCAAAAAUUUAUACGAGGAGUUUGGACUUUUUGAGCGAUUGACCCAAAUAGAAAAAGAAUUCCCAGGAGCUAACAUUAUCCUACUUAAAUAUCCAGAUCUUUGUGAGGAGUUUAAGGCAUUGUGGAGUAAUGAAAGAUUAUUGAAUGUGGUGGAGCAGCUUAUCGGUCCCGAGAUAAACGGACACCCCCUCUGGAACCUCCGAACCAAAACACCCCAAAACGAGGCUACCACAGUGCCGUGGCAUCAAGACUGUGCCUAUCUAGACAACGAAUGCUACACAACUUUGCAGGCCACCGCUUGGAUACCUCUCCUUGAUGCAAACGCUAGCAAUGGCUGUAUGCAGAUGGUUCGUAAAGGCCACCGGAAAGGCAGGAUAGCAACUCACCAGUGUUGUGAUGGCGGCACCUGGUACGUCAUGUUGAACGAGGAGGAGAUGGUAAAAAGUCUCGAUACAAACCCGGCCACGGACUUUGUCACGUGCGAGGUCCCAUACGGAGGGAUGCUUUUAUUUAACAACGUCAUUCCUCAUCGGAGCCUCCUGAAUAGGUCUAAGGAUAUUCGUUGGAGCUUUGACUUGCGUUGGCAGAAGCCUGGCCUACCUAACGGGUUUUACGGUUUGAAGGAAGGCGUUCUGAUGAGGACUGCCACUGAUCCAGACUAUAAGAUAUCGUGGGAGAAAUUCGACAGAACCGUCCGUCACAAAUUGCUAAGAAGUGCUGCGGUGGAGGAGGACGAAGACGAAUUUGAUACGACAGUGCCAGGACCCUGGAUGAAAAAAUGGGAGAUUGUGCACGUGAAUCAUCACGUAGACAGUUAUAGGGCGGACAGUGCCAGAACAUAA